CAAUGCUUUUGACAGUAACAUCUCCGUCCUGCGACACUCAGACUCGCCCAUGCCAGGCCCUAGUCUCCCUCGCUCAGCCCGUACAUCGCUAGGUUCAUCGAUGGAGACGUCGCCGUUUUGGAGGUACCACCCACGCCGAAUCUCAACGUCAUAUCUCGCUCGAGGCCACCCAGUCCUGUCUCGCCUGGUACCGUGAUGUCUCGCCUGAGCUCUGUACCACCUGCUCUACCGCCUGUGCCAACCGUGUCCGGAUGGCUCGCCGAUUUUAAUGGCCAGCUGAGGCCGCUUCCGCAUGACCGUGUCGAUAAUCUGCGGAACCAAUGGGACAGCAGACCUGCUCAAUCCUCCACUCGCUCACAGCCGUUCACCGAGCGCCGAAGAGAACAUCCUAUAGGCCCAGAAGAAGCCCUGCGAAGACUGCGAGAAAUACAGCAGUCUCUCGAGGAGUACCUCCAGGGGACAUCUACUUCACUUGACGCCCCGUCCGCGACGAGCCCCUCGUCUCCGGAUCUGACUGGAUUGCCGCCACACGCUCACUCACGACAUUAUCACCGUGAUCCAGACCACGGCGACGCCGAGGCAGACCCACUUACGGCAGAGUUGUCGCUCAUCCGCGAGGCCGUCCGCCGCCUGCAAGCCAGAGCGCGCCAGAUCGAAGCUGUGCAGCGCGCCCGAGGCGACGCUGGUACCGAGAACCAUCCGCAGUCUGCCGCCGAGGAUAGAGAAGCGCCCUCGUCGAGGCGUUCCUCCACUAACGAGGACCUGCUCCCUGUAGAUCGCGACGAUGCCUUGUUUCCGCUGUCGCUCGUUGCUUCUAACCGGCGUCGUCGGUCCCUUUAUGCCACGCGGCCAGGCGCGUCAAACUCACUCAUGUCUGAGAACGCCGCAGAGUUCCGGAGCAGGAGGGCUCGCGAACAAAUGGAAUCGAUCUCGGCCGAAGGACUCAGAGCGAGUGUCGGCAGCCACCUCCGCUUCUCGCCCGUUGACUGGAGCUUGCCAGGAGUCGACGACGACGCUCGAUCCAACGUUGCAGAUGAGCCUCAUUUCACCCCUGCAGAUUGGUCGCUUCCGAGUUUCCGCGGGUCGACGCGGGCGGACGAUCAGGGCAGACCUGAUACGCGCAGAUCUCAGCCUCAGAGAGCAAGACCAACGCCCAUGGAACCCCAUCCGUACAAUACUCACCAACCCUCAGCCCGUUCACGGACUGAACUGGAACCACCGCGUCUCGGUUCCGUCUCCCCACCUCUGCCGUCCAUGAGCGCAAGCGCGGAUCAAGGGACAUCUCUCGACCACGAGAUCGACUUUACUGGUUAUUUCUUUGAACCAUUCUCGCCCUCAACGCGCGCGCGACCUGCAGAUACAUCGGCGAGCAGGGGACCUGAUCGUUCAACGUUGGACUUGGUAGCGCGGCCCAGUUCUACUUUCGAGUCUUACCGCGAAGCCUUAGACGUGUGGGUACGCGGAGAUGGUCCUGACGAGAUGCCUACCCUCCUGUGCUGACGGCUGAUGAUCGUCAGCCGAGACUAACGGAACCACGAGGAACGUGGGGGUCGUGGGCUCAUAGACCCGCCCGCGUACCGGACCCCCGUAGACGUCGUCGUGAGCGAGAGGAAGCAGAACG